AAAUUAUCAAUUGUUUCAUCACUAUUUCAAGAAUUUCUUGAUAAGUCCUUAGAAUCAAAAUUCUUUGAGACAUAUGCAGGGGAUGAAAAAAUAUCCAUUUUGGGAUUAUUUCAAUGCAGAAAUGACCUUAAUUAUAAUGAAUGUCAUAUUUGCACAAAUAGACUUAUUGACAUUUAUAGCCAUUUUUGUGGAGAAAGAAUCCCAGCUAGAGUUCAACUUUCUGGUUGCUAUUUGGAUUACAAGGCAGAGGAAAAGAGAGAGAUUUCUAAGCUUCAAAUGCUUCAUAAGGUUUGCAGUAAGAAAAGGGCGAAAUCGCGUAGUUUUUUGGAGGAGAUGAGCUAUGCAUUUGCUGAAAUUGUGAGUUGUGGAAUGAAUGAAAAUGGAUUUUGUGAUUUGAGUGUUGGGAAAGUUCAUGUCAUGGCACAAUGUGUUGGUAAUUUAGGUGAUUGUGAUUGUGGUGCUUGUGUGAACAAAGCAGUGCAAAUUGUUCAUGAUGAAUGUUCAUAUUCUUUAGCUGGAGAAAUUUAUUUGGAUGGAUGUUAUUUGAGUUAUAACUAUGGUAAAAAUAAGGUUUCUAGUCAUGACCUAGAUGAAGGCAAAGGAUAUGGGAAUGGUAGACAAAAAUUGGCAGCAAUUGUAGCAGGAGGAAUAGUGGCUACCAUUUUGUUAGGUGUAGUUUAUUAUUUCUUGAAGUCCUGUGGCAAGAAGGAUGAUGAUUAUUGGUGAACCAAGAUGGAGAGUAGGUUUGAACUUAAUUAAUCAGUAGAGAAAACUUAAUCUUCUCCUUCAAUAAUUCACUUAUU